AUGGUUAAAGCGAUUAAUGACAUGGAUAAAUUUAAUCUGGUAAGGUGCACAGCUCAUUCAAUUCAACUAUCUGUAAAUGCUGGUCUUAAAAAUGAUGUUACCAAGGAAUUGAUUAAUAAGUUAAGAAAGAUAGUUGGAUACUUUAAUAUAAGUUCGUCAGCUCAAAGUGAAUUAGAAAAGGAACAAGUUAAAUAUGGAGAACCACAAAAUAAAUUAGUGCAAGAUUGUGUCACAAGAUGGAACUCUACAUGCAAUAUGAUAGAAAGUGUAAUAAAACAUAGAUACUCAAUCAAUUUCGUCAUAUCUAAAAAUAAGAAAACUGACGAAUGGUUCAUUAAAUCAGCAGAAGUACAAAAUUUAAAAGAUUUGGUUAAAGUUUUAGAGCCUUUUAAAUCUGUAACUAAUACACUCGGCGGAGACAAAUACGUAACGGCUUCCGUAGCAAACCGUUUGAUUAAAAGUCUUCUUAAUACAAUUCAAACGUGUGAAACCGAUUCUAAAUUUAUAAAGACAGUUAAAUUGAGUAUACUACAAGACUUGAAAAUUAGACGAGAAAUGAUGAGCCCAGUUUUAUCUAAAGCAGCUGCGUUAGACCCUAGAUUUCACGAACUAAAAUUCAUAUCCGAUGAGCAAAAAACUUUGAUUUGGGAAGAACUUGAAACUGAAAUUUGUGAAAUGAAUCCACAGAGCCAGGAAAUUAUAAAUGAUCAAAAUAAAGCAAAUGAAAUAGAAAAUGUUAUUAGCUCGGAUGAAGAUAAUCCACCUCCCAAAAAAAUGCGUUCAUUAAUGGCUGAUAGCGAUGAUGAAGACGAAUAUUCGAUUGGUUUUGAAACUCUGAUGACAGCAUCAAGGCAACUACAAAACUACAAGAAUAUGACUACAAAAUGUCAUCGAGAUGAAGAUCCACUUAAAUGGUGGAAAGAAAAUUCAAAUUUAUAUCCAGAAGUCUCAAAAUUAGCAAAAAAAUACUUGUCGAUAAUCGCGACUAGUGUCCCAUGUGAACGUCUGUUUAGUGAGGCUGGCAAUAUAACUUCAAAGAAAAGAAGUAGUCUAUCUCCAGACCGAGUUAACAAUCUUCUCUUUUUAAACUCUUGUUAUAAAUCCACAAAGACAUCAGACCACACUUUGGAUGCAGCUAUCGGGUUUGAACUUUGA